UACAAACUGGUAUUGUUUAUGGACCGGAAAUGUUCGGAAACCUUCGUGAUGUGUCUUUUCCGUGAAAUUCCGUAUUUAUUUUUAGCCAUCUUUAUCAUAUACAUUGCGUCGGUGCGACGUUAAACCCAACAAAAUAAAUAAAUAAAUUAUCAUAUACAGUCUUAUAUUUCGGGUGUUAUACAUGUGACGCUGCGGUCAGGAAACAGGUUUUCCGAGGGUAGAAAAAAUUAGAAAUUGUCAGUAUGGAUUCCCAGGCUAGGUUUCCACCUUUUCUACGUUAUAAGCUACGUGACCUCUAGGAUAGUACUAUGGUAUGAUACGAUGAUAAGGAACAACCAAUAGCUAAAUAUCAUCGCUCCAGUUCAGGUGACAUGAGGUCAUCGUUUAUUCACGUGACCAUAAAUUUGCAUAUUUGUAUUCAUACACGUGGUUGUUUUAGUUAAAACGUUGACUUCAGUUUCUGUUGAUUUUGGUCGUCGAAUUUACAUUAAAAUGGUAUUAAGGCAUACCUUGUAGCAUUGCAUAUUCUGCACGUUGUGUAGAUAAUUGUUUCUCGGGAAGGGCUGGAACUAUUUUUGGUUGUUAGGAUAGUCUUAAGAACUGACAAGAUUUCUCAAACUUAGUAUACUUUUUGACACUGGUGGCACCAGUCACCAACGAGGCUGUUUACAGGUGUGUUUUUUUGGACUCAAACCGCACUUUUUAAAUUCAAACAGGAUAUCUCCAAAGAAAUAAUGGCAUCAUCAGUCGUAACAUCAGAGCAGAACGAGAAAACAAUAACAGAAAUAAUGGCAACGUCAAUCGCAAAAUCAAAGCAGAAAGAGGAAACAGGUCACCUUGUUGUGGCUGCUAUCGAUUUUGGAACCACGUUUACAGGUUUUGCUUUAUCUUUUUCCCAUAAUCCAACCCAAAUAAUUACAAGUACAUGGACAGCUGAAAACGUGCGCACGCCUACAGAAAAAGCACCAACAUGUGUAUUGCUCUCUCCAGACAAAGAGUUUGUCGCCUUUGGUUAUGAUGCUGAGGAAAGAUAUAGAACAUUGAUGUUGGAAGACAAGGAAAGCGGUGACACAAGUAAUGCGAAGUCGCACUACUUUUUUGAGCGGUUCAAAAUGAAGCUUUACCAAACAAAGAAACUUAGAUUGGACACAAAGCUUUCCGAUGCACAUGGCAAAGAACUCCCAGCGAUAGAGGUGUUUGCUGUUGUAAUAAACUACUUGACAGAGAAAAUUUACGCACAAAUAAGAAACAUUUCUUCUGCCUUCCAAGAAGAUGAAAUACUGUGGGUGAUAACCGUACCAGCAAUAUGGUCUGAUUCUGCUAAACAAUUUAUGAGAAAGGCAGCAAGCAAAGCAGGACUUGAAGCCAAUAACGUCAAACUCAUCUUGGAACCAGAAGCAGCCUCUCUCUACUGCAACGACGAAAGGUUAUGCAAAAUAGCGAAACUAGAUGGAUCCAUUGGCUUAGAAACAUUUCCAGAAGGCAUGAAAUAUAUUGUUGCUGAUUUAGGAGGUGGAACAGCUGAUCUUUCUGUUCAUGAAAUUUUACCUGACAGAAAUCUAAAGGAAAUUCACCGAGCCGAUGGAGAUGCAUUAGGUGGCAUUUUGGUUGACCAGGAGUUUUCCGUGUUCUUGGAAGAAAUAUUUGGAUCAAAUGUUAUCCAGUAUCUAAGAGAUAAUAAUACAGAUGUCGUGAUGGAUUUUCAGCUAGCAUUUGAGACGAAGAAAAGAACAUUUAACUUUGAGACCUCUAAAAUUUAUAUAUCAAUUCCAAAACUUGAAUUAGGUGAGGCAAUAGCUGAGCUGAAGGAGGAAAGUAUUGAAACAAAGAUAAAACGAGCAUCUGAAAGGCGUGGUUUUGAAACUGUGAAACUAGUUUCAAAUAAACUGUUCUUUGGAAAGGAGGUAAUGAAAAAGUUUUUCUCAAAGGCAACUGAUGGGAUCGUUGGUUUUAUCAAUACAAUGCGUGAAAAUGAUGAACUGGGUGAAAUAAACCAUUUACUCAUGGUUGGUGGGUUCUCGGAAUCUGCAUACGUCCAACACGUCAUCAAACAAAAUGUUCCUGGAGUAAAAGUUAUAGUUCCAGUAGAACCAUCCCUUGCUGUCCUGAAAGGUGCUGUUAUUGCAGGUCGCAACCCAAAAACUAUAACCGAACGUAUCGCUCGAUAUACGUAUGGAUUCUCUUUUGCACGGAAAUUCCAGCCUGGAGAAGAUCCAGAGGAGUUAAAGGUUUACCGGAACGGUAUGGAUUACUGCACAUCUGUCUUUGAUAAAUUAAUUACAAAAGGGGACAUACUUAAAGUUGGAGACCAUUUCGGUACACCAUGCACGCACGUACUGGACAGGUCAGAUUUUCUUAGUUUUUUUACUCGACUUAUGCCCCUAGUCGCUGACGUCUACAGGUCUGAAGAAAGCGAUCCAAAAUACUCCGAGGAAAAAUACGGUUGUGAGCUUAUUGGCAUCAUGCUGAUACCACCACCUAUAUCUGGUUGGCCUUCUGUUUCUCUUCUUGUGCAAGAAAUUGUUGUAGGAGAGGCUGAGUUUACAGUCCGUGCCAUCAAUAUGAAUACAAUGGAAGUGGUUGAAGGACAACUCGACUUCUUGCAGUCAUUAUCAAAGAAAUGAAAAUUCUACGAUGUUAGAUCACUUACUAACAAUUUUAUCACAAUAACUUUAAGUGAUAGAAUAUGCAUAACUGGCUAUAAAAGCAAAUCAAAAGAUGCGUAAUAGAGACGGUCUUUGAAAAUGUCAUUAUCCUACACCCCUAAAUCUUAGGGUAAAACUGUGUGCGUAUACUGCAACUUAAAACAUUUCAUUCAUAAAUAUCUAAUUUUAGUACAAAUUUGGACCUUUCGAAAAACACUUCAGAUGUCACACAACCAUAACAGUACUGUAUAGCCAAAUCGAAACGUAACGUGAAGUAAAUAUUCAGAUACAAUCUUAAUGAUGUUUCUUUCUUUUAUAGACUUAACAAUAAUAUUAACGCAGGUAAGGCGAGUUAUCGUGCCGAUUAUUUUGAUUUGUAUGGUCAUUCAGCUUUGGGCGCCUGUGGAUUAUUUUUUUAUUGUAAAUCACGGGAAAUUAUUUGUUACUUUGUUUAAACAUGUUUAUAUAUGGAGAGAUAUAAAUAAAAUCUGGUAAGUAGAUCCCUCGGAAGCACCGAGAACAAGGCAAACAGUGAAAAUUGCAGACUCGAUGCGAAGUGAAUGUUAUGAAUGUUCAAUCAUUGAAUUGAUGUUUAAGAAUUGAAUGGUAUUUGAUGUUACUAUGAUUCAUGUCAGUAUUUUAUUAUAUGUAAAUGUAAUGUAUAUGAUAAUAUUGGAAGAAGAAACAAUGUAAGCCAAUCGUGCCCAAGUGUUUAUUACAUAUUAUACAAUAUAUGAAGCA